AUGAAGGACUGCCUCUAUGCCAAUGACAUUCAAAGUGUCGAAAGAUGGGCGGUUGUGACUACCCUUGCCAAACUAUCCGUCUUUGUGAAGAAGUGGACUCCUGUCAGUGCGGAGUGGAAUGAUCUGCAAGCUGAACAAGACAUGGCUAGUUUGUUGAGGGUGCAUAGUGUCGUGCUAUCUCUUUUGGAAAAGGCUCAAGGGGACAAGCAUCUGAAGAGCUCUCUCGAAGCUGAGCCAUAUUUUCUCCAGUUGAUUGAACAUGAAGAAACGUUCCUGAAGACACUUUUCAUCAUUUCUGAUGCCAACAUCACAGACGAAGGCUCUCUCGGCACUAGUUCAUUUGUGUGGUCUUAUAUCUCUUCGAUGGAUAUACCCGAUUCGGACUUGGAGUUGGCGAUUCGCGUAAGACCUGCAUCCUCGAGUAAGUGCAAUGUAUACCCAUGA